AUGCAUUUCACUUCAGUCAUCCUGAGUUUCAUAUUCGCAGCAUGUGCAACCAACGCAUUAUUCCUCCCUACAAAUGUAAAUGAUUUUGAAACCUUGACCGUGAUAUCGGACGUAGAGAAGUUGUACGAAAUGUACCCCAACGGCAAAGUGUUUGAUGAUAUUAUCGAUCCCAAUGAAAAGAUAUUUGUGUACGACGUGGAGAAAUCUUUGCCCUGGGCUAAGAGAGGCGCAGGCGCCAGAAAAUGA